AUGAGCAUUGGAAGGAAUGUUUGGAACAAGUCAAAGCAGCACCAAGUGUCAUUAGCGCAAUGACUCAACUACUUAGAACCACAAAACACCAAACCCAUUAUGUCCACUGAAAACAAGGGCUUGAUCCACCUUUUUAACUCAUCACCAAACACUUACUUUAGACACACACAUCAAAAAGCUAUGGACUCAUCAUACACUGAUCUUGUCAUGUUCAACAGUCAAGGACAACACGAUGAGGGCAACAUGUCACGUCUACCAUGGAAGAGGGAGAGAUCGAACCAUCUUAACUUGUCUCCAGACGAGGAUGAAGAGCUUGCCAACUGUCUUGUGUUGCUGUCCAAUUCAGGGAAUGCUUACAAGAACGAGCGCAAAACCGUGAAAAAACAAAAAACCGCACAUGUUUUCCAAUGCAAAGGUUGCAAGAAAGUGUUUGCGUCGCAUCAGGCAUUGGGUGGACACAGGGCAAGCCACAAGAAAGUGAAAGGUUGUUUUGCCUCUCAAGAUAAAAAAGCGGAGGAGGAAGAAGAGGAGGAAUACAAAGAAGAAGAGGAUGAGGAGGAGGAGGAUGAGGAGGAGGACAAGCCUCACAUCACCACCAGAAAGAGAUCCAACGCUCACGAAUGCACAAUCUGCCAUCGCGUAUUCUCAUCGGGACAAGCAUUAGGAGGUCACAAGAGAUGUCACUGGUUAACACCUUCCACUAAUUAUCUUCGUAUGAAGCCACUAAAUGAUUCUUCUACUCAUCAUCAUCAUUCUCAGCCGCUAGAUCAACCAUCUCUAGAUCUCAACUUAGCUUGCGUUGAUCCAACGGUCAUGACUAUCGGGAGAGAUGGUGGUGGCAGCAAUCACAAUGCUACUACUUCAUCUAAUUCAUGGCUAAAACUCGCUAGUGGUGACUGGUCUUAAUGACCGAUUGAUUAAUUAAGUUACCGAUUACAUAUUCAUAUACUCGUACACAAUUAAAGUGCAUUAAUUAAUUUUAUAAUGUUGUAUGGAUUUAUAUUACUAAUAUACACUUUACGCCAUUUACAGUACUAGCUUUCAAGAGCUUUUCCAUGGAUGGAUAGAAAUUUACAGGACAUCUCAAUAAUAUUAGAGCAUCUCUAGUCAUGGAAUAUUUUAAAUGAAGAUUUUAAUAAUAAAAAAAUAACACUUCCGAUGUA